GACGGAUCGAACGAAGCAAAACACUAGGCGACAGCAGCUCGCGCCAACUUUGUUAUCCCUAGGACAGCGUUCGGAGGUCUAGAGAUCGCUGUCACUCACUCUAUCCAUAUCUCAGAACGACGUGCGGGUGGGUCUUCUGAAGACGAGCUCUGGCGGUCGAUUUUCCAAGAGAUGGCCACAGAAGCUCUGCUCAGCUGAGCUCAGCUCGGAAGGAAGGAAGGAAUUUCACGCAGCUGAGGCCUGCACCAUGUACGAGCCGGGGAGCUCGACCACUAGUGCGGUGGGCUUGGUGCCCACUGCUCUGCUGAAUUGCACAGUCUAGAGUGUCGGUUGCUGUGGAAUUUCAGCUGCUGCUGCCGCUGCACCGAGCAAGCCCGGUGGAUUGUUGCAUUGUCGGGAGCAGCUUCUGACGAGGGGUAGGAUUUAAAUUUUCGUCUGUGAAUCAUGGGAUUCGAUGCCGUUCUCUCUCAUUGUCACUCGGGGGCCAGAUUAUGCACCACGCUCUCCACCGAGCCGCAGAGUUUCAGUAGAAGUCGGAACAGCACUGACUCUGUCGGGCUGAAUUCCAAUUUUCCUGCUCCGGGUUACCGAAAUGUGGACUGUAAAUUGUCGACUUCUGGAGGCAGGGAUGAAAGAUCAUCAUCGUUUUGGGGCAGAGGUUUGCCCGAGGCGAUGGAUUUUACAGAUGUGGAGAAAGAGGCGAGAAGAAGAGGGAGGAGAGUGUUAGCCGCAGGAGUUCACGCCAGCGCCAGCCAGCAAAAGCCACCCAUAUUUGUGCUGAAAAAACCUGACAGAAAACCGAUUGAAAACGAAGGAGGCAAUAGCGGUCCUAAAUUCGUCUCGAGUGAAUUUGGAGACAUGUCGUUUACGGAGAAUCAUAAAAGUGGAUAUGUAGCGCUAGUCGGUAAACCCAAUGUAGGGAAGAGCACUUUGUUGAAUCAAAUAAUUGGACAAAAACUGUCAAUCGUUACGAACAAACCGCAAACAACUCGUCAUCGAAUUCUAGGCAUAUGUUCAAGCCCCGAUUAUCAGAUGAUCCUCUACGACACACCUGGGUUCAUCCCCAAGACCAUGCGGAGGUUGGAUGAGAUGAUGAUGCAAAAUGUCCGCACCGCAACAAUCAAUGCAGACUGUAUCUUGGUAGUUGUGGAUGCAUGUCAGGUGCCAGAAAAGAUGGUCAGUGUUUUGGAGGAAGGAAUGUCUGCUUCUACCGAGAGAAGGCCUACGCUUCUUGUGCUGAACAAAAUUGAUCUGAUUAAACCAGGAGAAAUCACCAAGAAGACUGAGUGGUAUGAAAGCUUUGGAGGUAUGGAUAAUGUUAUACCAGUCAGUGCAAAGAUGGGACGAGGAGUGGAUCUUGUGAAGAAUUGGCUAGUUGACAGGCUUCCAAAAGGUCCUGCUUACUACCCCAAGGAUAUCGUUAGUGAGCACCCAGAGAGAUUUUUCGUUGCAGAGAUCGUUCGGGAAAAAAUCUUUUUGCAAUAUCGUCAAGAGAUUCCUUACGUUUCUCAGGUAAAUGUCCUUAACUACACGGAGAGAAGGUCAUCUGCCAAAGAUUUCAUUGAAGCCGAAAUCGUCGUCGAAAGAGACUCUCAGAUGGCAAUCCUAAUUGGAAAGGACGGUUCCGCUUUAAAACUGCUCGCAACUGCUUCCAGGAUUGAUAUCCAAGAGUUCGUGGGCAAGGAAGUUUAUUUAGAGCUUAAAGUUAAAGUGAGGGAAAACUGGCGUGAAGAUGACGAACUCCUUGAUUAUUACGGUUACAAUGGGAAGAUAAGAUCAUAGCUUAGUAUUCUUCCAGUCUUUAGAGAGGAAGUUUUAAAAGUAAUGUUAUUCAGCCCAUGCCUAUGACAUAUCUUAGAGAACCUGUAGAGGAUCUAGAUGCAGAUGCGGAUUAGCAUAGAUGAGAAUGUAGGUUUGCCACUCAACAGUAGAUUGUGCCGGCGUCUACAACAGGUUUUUUUAUUUCUGUACAUGAGACUUUAUUCGGAGAACUGCCGUUUUUGCUAGCUUUGCUUCCCAGUACGUCAGCUUUGCAAUCAAAUUUACAGGACGGUAGUGACUGAUACAUCGGUAUCUUCAGUUGACAAGGUAACUGGGCUAGUCAGUGCCCAAAGUUCCUGGAUGGGAAUUUCUUUUAUACGAAUGCAACCUGUUUCAACGAAAUAUAUGAAGUUCCAUGCUUUUCA